AUGUAUCCUUCGCAAGACAAUAUUAAUAACGAUGCUCACGAAUCCUAUUUUACUGGGUUCUUAAAUGAAACAACUGCAAAAACUAUUAGUACUCAGGCAGAAAAUAUUAACUGCAACGAUCCCACUUGUAACUGUAGUAAUGACACUUCCGUGAUGAAUUCCCCGGCUGCUCAUGCGACUAUUUCUCUUGAUCAUAAUCAACCUAGGACAUCUCACAGCAUUUCAAACAAUAACGAUAUUAUUUCUCCUGGCAAUACUAAUUAUCAACAACCAAUUUACAACAACGUUUCAAACAAUAAUAUUAAUAUCUCUCCUAACAACAAAUAUCAGCAAUCCAUGUUUAAUAAUACUUCAUCUCCGCCGCAAUUCCACCCGCAAUAUAUUGAUCAAAAUCCACUUCAAACUAAUGUCUUUCCUUCACUUAAUUCACUUGGUAUUGUUAUAAAUUCUCCUCAAACGUACGUUGUUAUUAUGCCAGUGCCGGUAACUAGUGAUCCAAAUAGUAGUCAACAAGAUAGUUAUCCGAAUCAUUCUAUCCGUCACUAA